AUGACCAAGGUUGACGGAGAAAUGAAUCCUGAACAGCCCCGCCCGAGCGCUGCUCCGUCAACAAACCCGACAGUAAUGGCUACAGGGAGCACCGGAACUUCGCGAACCACUAAUAGACCUGAUGUGCCAGAUGUUCAGCAACCAAGUUCAGUCACAUCGUCUGUUGGGCAACCUUCUAAAACGACCGAACGAAAUGAAAAUGUCAAGGUAACUGUAGCACAUACAGUAGGACCUAUGACCAAGGUGGACGGGGAUAUGAAUCCUGAGCAGCCUAGCUCCCCAGGCGCUAUGACAACACCAAAUCCGACAGGUCUGAUUAUGAGGAACACAAUGUCUACUCCCAAUCUGCCCUCAGAAGUCACUGGAUCAAAAGAGAAACUCGAUUUCACUUCACGCCCGGAAACCACNCUGGAACAUCGCACUCCUCGACCUGAUGUUCCGGAUGUACAGGAACCAGGCCCGGUGAAACAAUCUACGAAGCAACCAACUGAAACUACAAAACAAAACGAAAAUUUCAAGGUAACUAUAUCACCUACAGUAGGACCUAUGACCAAGGUAGACGGGGAUAUGAUUCCUGAGCAGCCUCACCCAAAUGUUGCUACAACAAGGACUUCGACAGUUAAGCCUACGACAUCAACUCCCUCAGAUGUAACUAAGCCACAGAGAAAACACGAUUCAACUUCAGACACCACAACUGCCCAUGAGACAUCGAGAGCACCAACCAGGUCGAGUGUGAGAACUGGGACCCUGCCAACCACUAUUGGACCUGAUAUUCCUGAUGUACAGCAACCAGGUGUAGUCACAACGCCUGUCGGGCAAACAACCAAAACAACUAAACAAAAUGAAAAUAUCCACGUAACUAAGCCUACAGUUGUACCUAUGAUCAAGAUAGACGGUGAAAUGGAUCCUGGACAGCCUCAUCCAGGCAAUGUUUCACCGACAAGAGCAACGAACCUGCCUACAAAAACUACAACGACGCGAUCUGGGCAACGUUCCCCACCUCCCAUCAGGGAGCAAGACCGUCAAAACAUCACCACAACUAUUAUGGAUGUGCUCUCCACCACUCCACCAACAUUCACCACAAAAGUCCCAGCCGUAACUCAAAAGGAAAGGUCGAGCCCUCCCAAAUCUGUAACAACUAAUACCACACCUCCUUCGCCUAAUCCUCCAGCUGCUUCAUCACCUCAGUCGUUCACUUUGCACACCACUCUUCCAGUCGUUUCUAGCACUGCACCAUCAACUGCACCGUCACGCCCUAUCACUGAUGCACCCACCAGCAGUAUCGCACCGCCCAAACCCGAUUUUACAGAAUCUGAUAUUUUUGUUGACUCAGAACUUCAUUCGACUACUGAAGAUGACCUCAAAGUUGUGGUGGAAUCAUUCGAAAGCACUGCGGCACCAACGGGUGAGGUACAAGUCACGAACCGACGAUGCACGUCGACUGACCGAUCAAUGUGCCACGAGUUGGCGAUAUGUGAGGUGGCAACCGGCUCAUGCCGAUGCAAGGACGGCUUUGCUGGAGAUGGGUACACAAAUUGCACGUGA